UCUACGGACAGCACGCAGGAGAGCGGCGGUUCGAGGUGGAGAGAAAAUGACACAACAAUCCGGAUAAAAAUGGCGAAGUUUAAGAUGAAAGUCUGCCAGCACUUGCUGCUUUUUGUUUUGUUUCUUCCUUUAUCAAGUGUUUUAUGUUUCAGCGAGUUGUCCUUCAUCACAGAGCCCAGUGAUGUUACUGUAAUACCAAAGGACCCUGCUGUUUUGGACUGUCAGGCUCAUGGGCAGCCUCCAGUCACCAUCAAGUGGCUAAAGAAUGGAGUUAGGCUGGCAGAAAGCGAGCACAUACAGUUUCUGCCCAACGGCUCCUUGUACAUACCAAAGAUAAAGCAUACCAAGGAGGAUUCAGAUGAAGGAUUCUACCAGUGCCUCUCCCAGAACAAAUAUGGAGCUAUCCUAAGCCAAAGAUCACGUCUGACUAUCGCAAGUAUCUCAGAGUUUGUGUUGCAUCCUGUGCCUAUGGUGGUGACUGAGGGGUCAGUGGCACGUUUCUCCUGUGCAGUCACCUCCAGCCCUCCUGCCACCAUCACCUGGGAGCUCAACCAAAGCACAUUACCACUACAGACAGACAGAAUUACGGUAUUGCCCAAUGGAGUCCUUCAGAUUCACAAUGUACAAUUGGAAGAUGCCGGACUGUAUCGAUGUGUGGCAACUAACAUUGGUAGCCGUUUGAAGAGUAGAGAAGCCAUGCUGACAGUCAACCAAGGUGCAGGUCCUAAACCACGUCAGAGGCCCAGAAUCAUUGCUGGACCUCAGAAUGUCACAGUUUCUCUUCACCAAACUGUGGUGCUGGAGUGUGUGGCCACAGGCAACCCCUGGCCCAUCAUCUCCUGGAGCCGUGCUGACAGUAGACCCAUCGAUGUGUACAAUGCCAAAGUGCUGGGCAAUGGGAACCUGGUUAUUACUGAUGUCAGUUCCAAGCACAGUGGAGUCUACCUCUGCAGGGCCACCACCCCUGGAACCCGCAACUAUACUAUUGCUGCAGCCAACGUCACAGUGCUAGAGCCACCAUCCAUUGUUGAGAGGCCUGAGAGCCAGACCCGUCCAAGAGCAGGCACUGCUAGGUUUAUGUGCCAAGCAGAGGGAGUGCCCACGCCACGCAUCAGCUGGCUAAAGAAUGGAGAAGAGGUUCACUUAAAUGGGAGGAUUAAGAUGUAUAACAGUAAAUUGGUGAUCACCCAGAUCAUCCCAGAGGACGAUGCCAUCUAUCAGUGCAUGGCAGAGAAUGAACAGGGUUCUGUGCUGUCCUUGGCUCGCCUUAUUGUUGUCAUGUCCGAGGACAGACCCAGUGCACCCAGAAAUAUCCAUGCCGAGACCAUCUCGAGCUCUGCUAUCUUACUGGCCUGGGAGAGGCCGCUCUACAAUGCAGACAAAGUCAUUGCCUACUCCAUCCAUUACAUGAAAGCUGAAGGGUUAAACAACGAAGAAUACCAAGUUGUUAUUGGCAACGACACAACCAGUUAUAUCAUCGAUGACCUUGAGCCAGCUCGAAACUACAGCUUUUACAUCGUGGCUUAUAUGCCAAUGGGAGCCAGCCGUAUGUCCGACCAAGUCAGUCAACAUACCCUGGAGGAUGUGCCUUUGCGUACCCCGGAACUAAGUCUGACCAGCCACAGCUCCACAGACAUCCAGGUGAGCUGGCAGCCGCUGCCGGCCAAGGUGAGCCGUGGUCGGGUGUCGGCGUACAGACUAUCCUAUCGUACGGCCGCAGACAACACCGUCACCUCUGUGGAGCUGCCUCAGAACAGCACUGAAUAUGUGCUGGAGGGCCUGCAGCCCGACACCAUCUAUCUGCUCCGAAUGGCUGCAGCCACCCGCGUGGGCUGGUGUGAGCCUUCAGCGUGGACCUCGCACCGCACACCUAAGACCUCCAGCAAUAAAGUGCCUUCAGCCCCUAUUCUUCAACUUGAGCCGCUUAACUGCACCUCCAUUGUGGCACGCUGGCAAACUGCCCCAGAAUCUGUGGCUGCCCAGGGUUACCGGCUGUGUUACCAUGAGGAGGGCCAACCAGAGCAGCCCAACAUCCAGCUGCAGGCUCAAAUCUAUACCUACACCAUCAGUGGCCUUGAUCCAAGGAGAAAGUACCAUGUCAAGAUUCUGGCUGUUGGUCAAGCUGGAGAUGGCUAUCAGACAGAUCAAACAGUUAGUACGCCGGGAUGUGUGUCGGCCAGAGACCAACUGGCAGCAGCCCCUCCACCUCCAGAUCACGUGACUGUCUUGGCCAACAAUUCAUCUGCAGUGUCCCUGCGUUGGAGCCGUCCUGCUUUCCCCUCUGGAAAGGCUGUUAGCUACACAGUCCGCUGUACACCUGUGGGCACCCACAACGCCUCUGCCAUACGUUACAUACAAACCACCAAACAGAGCGUGAUGGUUCAGAACCUGGAUUCAAACACUCGCUAUGAGUUUGUUGUGCGUCUCCAUGUGGACCAGAUGUCGAGUCCCUGGAGUUCAGUCGUUUACCAUCGAACCCUGCCAGCAGCACCUAGCCAGCCACCUGCAGGAUUGCGAGUAACUCUGAUCGAGGAUGACACCGCUCUGGUGUCCUGGAGGGAGCCCACAGAGCCCAACGUGGUGGUUACACACUACACCAUCCUGUACGCCUCCCAGAAAGCCUGGGUGGCUGGACACUGGCAAAUAAUGCAGAGGGAGGGAAGCCAUACGAUGGCCCUGCUGGAGAAGCUGGAGCCGGGGAAUGUCUACUUGGUGAAGAUCUCUGCCUCCAACCAGGUCGGUGAUGGGCCUUUCUCCAACAUUGUGGAGCUGCCAUUGAAGCGGGGAAACAACCACCGCAGCAAGAACCCCAGACACUCUGAUAGCUUCCCAGACACGACAGUGUUCUCUGAUGGUCUCUACCACAUAGACCAGAGGUCGAUGACGGGGAUCAUUGUUGGCGUGAGCAUCGCCUUGUCCUGUAUCGUUAUGUGUGCCUUGAUCCUCAUCAGCAAGGGCAGACCAAGGAAAUCCUCCAGUCACAAAGUCAUCGCUGUAGGUGCUGGUGAAGGUCCACAUGCUGGCGUGCCCCUGCCCAAUGAACGUCAUGUGGAGAAUGUCGAGGCCCUUAUACCCAUGAUAAGUGGUCACUUUUUAGAUACCAAGGGUGGAUCUAAUAUGGUCAUAAACAUUGCCGGUCCAGUCAACAAGAAUCAAAACAAGAGGUGGCUGCUCUUCAAGAGGGAAAUCAGGAAUCCAGCUGAAAGUGAUUUGGAGGGGAGAGCCAGCUUGUAUGAGGCUGGAAAAACCAUUCUGAGGUAUGAGGAGCGUUUAGGCUCAGCGCCCCUGCCGCCUUCAUCCCGGGAGAUCAUCUAUGGACCGCUCCACUCCGAGAGCUCUCACACCAGUGAGGGCAGCCAAGAGACGGGAGACUCUGGACACUACUCCAACGAAGAAAGCAACGAGGAGAUGAGCAACCCUUCGACAAGCCAGAGCUCCAGGCCAGAGUCUUUUGGGCCAGACGAUGGUGCCACUGUCGCUGAGCUGAAGCAGUCUUUUCGAAGUGGAAAACGAGGACGUGCCGAGUCGUUGUCCUGCCCUGCGCACAUCGCAGGCGGCCUGCUCCUGACAUCACUCGGCCCGCAUCUGCUCUCAAACAGGCGAAGCCAUGCCACCUCUACCUCGUUUGCUUCCUGAGUUGAGCGCCUCAGUUAUCUCCUGAGGCACAAGGGAUUGGGAAGCCGGCUGCUGCGAUGGAGGAGAUGGGCAUUUGCUUCGGAUCUACCUCAGGAUUUUGUAUGAAUGUUUGUUAUAACAUUUUAUUUCCAUUUUGUUUUUCUACAACUUUCUACCUGUUUGUCUGUGUUUGGCGUUGUCUGUCCUAAACCAAAGCUCACCCAUGAUGAAUGUUGAAAAGAAUGUCAGAAAUGUACUGUGAUACAUUUUCAUUAUAUUUAAUUACUUUCCACUGGAGUAAGGGGCGUAGUUGAGCCCUUAUGACUGAUUAUCUACCUCAGUGUUCUGUUGUUGUGUGUACAUUACUACCUCUUUUUCACCACAUAUUGUGCAGUAUUAUCUCAGACUCAGGGGACAAGGUGAAAACAUUUCAUUGCCAUGUCUUGUUACCUCUGUUGGGGCUUUAUUACCCUAUGUGGUCCUCAUUUUUUAAAAUUCUCUUUUAUUUUCGCGGUUGAAAGAGCUUUUGUUUCACACUGUUUGUCUUUGAAUGAUGUGUGCUGUGAAAACAACAAGUGCAUUAGAUGUUGUCAAACUAUUUGAGCUUUAUCAUACUAUAUUGUUUGACAUUUUCAGUGCACUGAACCCAAAGCUUUAAAAUGGCCUUAGUAUCAAAAGGGCUUUGCAUAUUAUAGAUGAUGAGAUCCAAAGAUGGGAAAAAAAUUGUACCCAAAGAGUUUUUGAUAAUACAAUAGAUAUUCUAAGGCAACUAAAAAUAUAGUGGAUGUACAUUAAGGAUGCGUUUGCCAAAAUAUUGUUCUUGCCAAUGAUGUAAAUCUCCCUUAGAACAGUGGUUUGAAUGCUUUUCUCAGUGUAAAUUUUCUUAAUGCUUUAUUCUGGUGAAAGCUUUAGCACAAGUCUCUCCCUGGCUUGUGUUCCAUUUGCCUUCUAGACCAUUGCUAAAUGCAGCGGUGACGCCGGUGCUAUUAUCCAAAGAGUUGUCUACUUCCUCAGAUGGGUACGGCUUUUCAUUCAGUUGAUCCUUGGUAUGAUGGAGGUGGAAGUUACUCACACCAAGACCAAAGAUCCAGUGUGUCCUGCCAGUGACAGAUGAUGAUAUUUAUUCCUUGUUUAGAGAAUCAUCUGUCACCAUUCACCAAAUUCACUGUACGGGGAAGAAUUCAUUUCAUUUCCCUGUAAUAUUUCCUGUCCAGGUGUGACAAUGAAGGAUUCUGACUAUCAUAAAGGAAACCCUAUGUGUGAAGAGCAACAUAAUCAAUUUUUAUAUCUUUGUAAUACAAAUAAUCCUAACCAAAGAAACUUGAAGUCUCUGUUAUUUAGUGAUUUUCUUUGGUAUUCAUUUACAUUAUUUGACUUUUAAUGUGAUAGAUUUCCAAUGGUUUUGAUUCCUAGACAGGCAUUUUUACAUAGUUCUUUCUUUUUUUUUUAAGCUUGAGAUGUCAAAAACUGUUCUGCUGUCUUUUUAUCACCAUGAAAUUUCACCUGAAUGGUACUUAAGUUACAUUGGAAUUUUUGAUUUAAAUUGUCCUUUUAGCAUGACGUUGUAAACAAAAACAUUUCCCAAUUUUAAUGUGACAUUUUCCUAAAUUAAUAAGACUGGUUUCAAGUCAAAAAAUUGUCAGUGUAAUGCAUUAAUAUAAAAGGUUAAAUUCAAAGCCACAGGUAAUUUUUGCUGAUUUAACUCAGGUGCCAAAUGUAGAUUUAGAGUGUAGACUUAACUGUUAUUAUUUAAGUUAUGGUUUUCUGAUAUUUCUGCUUUUGAAUACCAAAAUACAUCUUUUAAUCCAAAGUGAGCAACAAAAUGAAUUAUUUUAAGUGCUGAAAUGUUGCAACAGAUUUUUUGAUACUCUCAAGAUGAUCACAAAUACUAGAUAAUAAAAUUGUUCUUGGAAAAAUA